AUAUAAAGUAUUUUAAAGGCUGAAAAACGAUUAUAACGCAAAUUAUGAAAGUGACUAUUGUAUCGUAAAUAAUAUAAAGCACCUAAUUUUGUUAAAAUCAAAUUUUAAUACCAAAAAUAGUGACACAUACAUACAUACUAAUCUAGUAAUCUACCAAAUCUCUAUAAUGCGCAGAGCCCAAGAACAUAACUAACGUGCGCAUUAAUACCCGGCCGAAAGACGAAGAAGAAGAUCGAUCACACACAAGUCACAAGGCAAGUUUAUAAGUUUUCGCUCUUCUUCAGCCUAUUUGAAACCAAAAAAAAAAAAAAAAAUCUCCGAUGCCGGUUAAUCACCGGUUUAGUUACCGGUUACUCUUCCUCCUCCUCCUCCUUCUAAAUUUCGAAACGGCACGGCGUUUAGUCUCCGGUGACCCAAACGACGAGUCAUGCUUAACGAAUCUACGUCAGAGUUUAGAAGAUCCGGCGAACAACCUCCGUAACUGGACAAAAUCCUUCUUCUCAAACCCUUGCACCGGCUUCGCCUCUUCCCUCCACGGAGUCACUUGCAACAACGGCAGGGUUUACAAACUCUCACUAACGAACCUCUCUCUCCGUGGCUCAAUCUCUCCGUACCUCUCUAAUUGCACAAAUCUCCAAUCCUUAGAUCUGUCUUCAAACCAGAUCUCCGGCGAGAUCCCGCAACAGUUACAGUACCUCGUUAACCUCGCUGUUCUUAACCUUUCCUCUAAUCGUCUCUCCGGUGAAAUCUCGCCGCAGCUAGCUCUCUGCGCUUACUUAAACGUCAUCGAUCUUCACGGUAACAAACUCUCCGGCCAAAUCCCGUCGCAGUUGGGGAGUCUCGCGAGGUUAUCGGCGUUCGAUGUCUCUGAUAAUAAAUUAUCCGGUCAGAUUCCGGCGAAUCUGGCGAUGAGGAAUGGGAACUUGCCGAGAUUUAAUGAGAGCUCGUUUACAGGGAACAAGAAAUUGUUUGGGUAUCCGUUGGAGGAGAUGAAGAGCAAAGGAUUGUCGAUAAUGGCGAUCGUUGGGAUUGGGCUUGGGAGUGGAAUCGCUAGCUUAGUGAUUAGCUUCACUGGGGUUUGUAUAUGGUUGAAGAUCACUGAGAAGAAGAUGGAGGAAGAAGAAGGAAAGAUUAGUCACUCUAUGCCUGAUUACUAAUUUAAUUUAAUCACAUUAUUAGUCUUUCUUUUUUUCCUUUCACUUGAAUAUCAAAAGCUAAUGAUACAAAAAUAGGAGAGAUUUAAUUAUUUUAGAUGCUUUGAUCAUAUACAGUAAUACAGAUGUUUGGUAAUCUUUGGGUACAUAUAGUAUUAACAAAAACACAAGUUUUAUUUGUUACAGUUUCUAAUUUUCUAUAAUCGUAUUCGUAUGCAUGUUUA